UGUGACCACUUUAUUAAAACUUGUGAAGAUGCCACAAGUGCAGCGUGGCUUUUGCCAGUGGAUCAACCUAAUGGACUCCAUCUUUAUGUUCAUCGUAUUUUUUGCUGUGUGGAAUCAUCUCAUUCUGUCAUCCUUUCAAGUGGCGGUUUGAUGGGAUAUUGGAGACCUUUUUAUAGAGUCGAAACAAAUUCACAAAAUGACGUGUCUUGUAGUGACUCGUAUUUUGAAAAUAUCAUUGAAACCAUUUUAUGUACAGAUACUGAAAAACAAACUGACAAUUCCGUGAUGGAUUUGCAUGAAAAAGCUUUACUUGAUGUUUAUACUCCCAUUGUAACAAAACUUUCUGGUCAUUGUCGACGUGUGUUAAUGCCUCUUGCUCUACUAUUGCCUUUUAAAUUACCUAAAAGGAUAGAUAUAGUUGGUUGCUAUGGUCAAUUUGCAGAAAAAAUUCGUAUUGAAGUUGAACCGUGUGUUUCAGAUGGAAUACAUACAGCAGACUAUUAUUUUAGUUCAUUGGGAAUGCUGGCUUUAAUACGUUUUUGCCAAUCUUUAUUACACACUUUAGCUAUAAAAGGGUGUUAUCCCAAAACCAGCGAUUUACGUCAUUACGAAAAAAGUCUUCCAGAGAUUCUAACGAGUCGAAUCAAACACGCUUUAUGGGACUCACCUUUUAUUCUUUUUGCGCCUUUAAUGUCCGAUGGCAAAAGGCUUGAUUUCAAUUAUAUUGCUACUUACUUGAAAAUAAUUUUUCUUUCUUUUCCAUCCUCUAAACAUUCCUUUCUCUCUAAAAAUACCACCAACCCAACGUUUUAUCAGUAUUGGUUAUCUUCCAAUCAAGCGUUUCAAAGUUUUAUAAAAAGGAUCCCAGGUGUUGUAACACCUUUUCAGAACACGCAAUGCGGCAUAAAUGUCCUUUUGAAUCAAAUCAGUGUUCAAACCGCGCACCUUUUCUUGACGAAAAAGAAACUGAAACAAAAAGAUUCAAUUGACCAUAAUGAUAGAGACAUUGACAAAAAAUAUGUCAUUGAUUUGAACCUAGACAAUAAUAGACCAUUAUACGACCAUAUUUCGGAUGUCGUCACUCUUUUUGAAAGGCGUCAAUUAGAAUCUCCGGUCAUUCGUUUAACACAUGAUCCGUCGUGUCAACAUCGUUUUGCUCAAUUGCAAGGAAUCACGUUAAACUACUUUCCAGACAACUUUUACCCUAAUAAUUCAGAAGUCUCUUUAACGAAAAUGUAUCAAUUAGACAGAAGCUUAUUAAAAAACAUGGAUGAAGCUAAAGCAGCCAAAAUUCCGAUUCUGGUUGGCUUACGACUUCAACAAGGUUCACAUAACAUUUUUAUCAACAAAACACUAUCUCGCACAAAGAAAAGCAAGCUUGAUAGUUAUUAUGAUUCACGUUUGACCAGUCUAUUACCGUUGACCACUCCAAUGUUUCAACAAUUAACAUGGAUGAGUUGUGUAAUGUAUAAACUGGAUUUGUGGUCAAAGCAGUAUGAGUUAACUAAAAAACUAGAAACCCAAAUGAAUGUCCUGGCACUCAUCAUUCAAAAGUAUUUACAAUUCCACUUACAGAAAAAGUUGAACAUUAAACCAAUCAUUCUUAAUGAGCGUUUAGUGUCACUUGCUAUGACAGCACCCUCAAGUCGUGUUUUGAACGAAGAAGUUGAUUAUAAAACACCGUGGGGUCGAUCUGACAUGGACAAUGCCUUGACAUUGAAUGAAAGGGAUAGCGAAGAAAAUUUCACUCGUAAUGAUUAUACAGAAAACACUUGGAUGAAAUACUGUCACAAGGACCCUCAUUCACAGCGAAUCGAAUUUCUAGGAGAUUCAGUUCUAAAGUGUAUCACAACAAUAUUUUUUUUCUUUCUUGGUGUAUCGUUGGAUGAGGGAGAACUAACAGAUAGAGCUCAUUUUAUUCAAGCCAAUAAAUUCUUAAAGCAUUGUAGCGAAAACAUGAACUUACAUUCCUAUAUAGCAGCGUCGGUUUUUAUGUCCAGGAAUGCAUUUUUCACCGGACCUACUACCAUAACAAUGAUGCGAAGACAAGUACUUUCUAAUAAAAUGCAAGCGGAUGCUGUUGAAGCUUUAAUUGCUGCCAUUUACCUUUCAUCUAUUUGUGUCGAGAAAGAAACAGUGUCGAUAUUACCUUUUUCGUGUGUUUCAGAAAGCUUUUAUGAAGAACUUGAAUUUAAUUGUUUAUUAGCGGGAUCUAUAGGCAAAUUUAAUGAUGGGUUGAAAGCAUCCGUUAUACUUCUUGACAUUUUAACUCUUCAAGAAGAUAACGCCAUUGUGCCAUUUUCAUUUGGAGCACUGUGGUAUACCAUCUUAAAUUUCAAUUUGAAUAAAAAAAUUUCAUCCGUCUGCACGCAAGUAAAAAAUUGUCCUUCUAACCUUUUUUUAGAAAAAGACCAAAAUAAUUUUCCCGAAUUUCUUAAUGAAAAAAUGAAUUCAAAAUUCAUCAAGACAAUAUCUCACACGUAUCACUUUUAUAUAUCCUACAAGAAGAUUAUUGACGACUCUUUUAUAAAGGAAUUUUCCUUUAACUUUCCAACGCAUGCACCACCUGUAACAAAUAAACAGCUUACUCAUCUUUGGAAUCAGCAAUAUGCACAAGAACCUUUGAAUAAAUUUAGUGGAAUCGUUACAAUUGCGCGCACUCAUAGAAGCAUAGCAUCUCAUAUGGAUUUAACGCAUUCGUACGAACAAUUAGAGUACCUUGGAGAUGGAGUGUUAUCCUUACUGAUCACAGAUUAUUUGUAUAAAGAAUUUCCUUUAUAUGACGAAGGAAUGCUUUCAAACUGCAAAAGUUUACUCCAAAGUAAUAUUUUUCUAGCCAUUCGUUUUUUACGAAAACUUGUUACACAUAAUGAGCAAGUCAACAUAUCUGUUAUACCAGCCAGUGGUAUACUUUUAUGUCUUUUGGAUGAUUCUUUUGAUAUGAUGGAAAACUUUGUUACUCAACUCAUCACUAUUCCACUGCAAGACGAUCCAAUGAUCGCGUUUUAUUUACAAAAAUAUUAUAUUACUUUAGCCAACCCUGACGCCAAAACAAAACCAUCCCAAACCAUUCACAAUUAUAUCGAUAUAGCGUCUCUUCCAACGCUUCAACAAAUGAAACGCAUUGCAGACGUGUACGAAAGCCUAUUAGGAGCUACUUUUCUCGUGACUUCUUGUAAUUUAGAGCAUUGUUGGAAUUGUAUUCAAGAUGAUUUCAAUAGUGUUCGCGAAUUCUUAGUGUCAAAGGUUUUCCGCAACAUGACAUGACCACUUCAGUUGAACCCACUAAAGUUGUGAAAAAAUAAAUAAUCGUCAUACACAUUGUAAUCAUUCACAUAAAGUCACACGCUUUGGCGCGUUUUUUUUUAAAUCAACUGACUAACUUAAUAGAUUUCUAGUCACAGUGGAGCUGCUGAUGUAAUCGUUUUUUAUUAUAAAGAAGAAGAGACGCCUUCGUUUUAUGCAGCCUUAUAAGUGUUUGGCGAACUACUUUGCAGUCUAAUUGUAUGGCUUGUACUAAGUGUUC